AUGGAGUUGGGGGGAAUUUUGCCGGAUCGUCAGGCAGGCUUUCGGAAGGAAAAGGGACCAAUCGACAACGUGUAUGUGCUGAAGCAUCUAGCAGAUAGAGAGCUGGAUAAGAAGGGAGGAAAAUUGUACGCCCUGUUUUUAGAUCUGAAGGAGGCUUUUGAUAAGAUGGACAAGGGGAAGUUAUGGGCGGAAAUGGGGAGGAGGGGAAUCACGGAACACCUAAUAGCGAGAGUGAAGGAAAUAUACAUGGAGACUAGGGCUAGGAUAAAAGUGGGAGAUAAGCUGAGCCACGUGUUCUGGACAACGAAGGGACUGAGGCAGGGACAUACGCGGAUGACAUCGUGGUCAUGA